AUGCAAACGGCUGGAAGAUCGUGGACAAAUAUUGUUGGUUCGCAGAAUUUAAGUCAAGGAGCUGUACCGUUACCACAUGCUCGGUUUGGAGCUAGGGUUGCUAGACCCAACUCUGUUGUGUUGCAUACUCAAGCGUUUAAGGAUAUUACAGCAAGUGAUGUCAUGGAUGCCGUUUUAAAAUGUGUGAGACAAGAUACAAUUAAGUGUGUACAAGAUCAGCCGUUUCAUUUGCGGGGUGAACGAGUUAUUGCUCAAGAGCUUGAUAUGCCCACGUUACUGGUUAAAGUUUUGUAUGCCCCUAGUGAAAUUUCUAAUCAAACGAUAGCUGCAACGUUGGCGAAAUAUGGCAAAAUAGUGAAGGUGGAUCGGGAAAUGUAUCGUGAUUGGUCUAAUGUCGAAACUGGGCUAGAUAUCGUGGGCAAGUGCCUUUAUGUGGCAGAUGUGGCGAAUAUGGACAUCGUGUUGCUACGUGUUCGAAUGAUGUAAAGUGCUUCAAGUGUGGUCAAAAUGGUCACAUACAACGUCAAUGUUUCAAGUGUUUUCUAUGUGGCCAGUUUGGGCAUGUCAGGGCAAAUUGUCUAGAGAAUCGACGUGACGUGUCCAAUGACAGAGAUGAUUAAACGUCGGAAAGUAAUUUGAGUAACGAUAUUGGUCGUGAUGAAGACGGUAGCGACGUCUCCCGGUCGAGUGAUGAUAUCUGUCCAAACAGUCGAGAACAACAAAAGUAAAGCAGAAGAGGACGUUUCCAUACCUGACGAAGGUGUUAAGGUUCCUGAAGACUCCACUGACCAACGUGUCAGUGAUAUGGGCGGCUCACCUGAAGAACGGACGAAAAAGACCGAUAAGGGGAAAAAGAAGAAGAGGAAAAAACAUAAUAAACUUUAA